AUGGCUCCGCCCCAGAUUCAGACCUGCCCCCUCCUGCCCCGGGAGAGGUACCCCCACAUCCCCCCUGGCAGAGGUAAGUGUUACAUGUACUGGUAGAUCACUAGUUGGAUUUAAUCCAGUGACAUCACCCCUGAUCCUGAGAUAUGCCGAGAUAUGUCUCCAUGUUAUAUGUUGUUGUGACAGAUCACCUGACGGUUCCUGUGGCGAUUAAGGUGAAUGGCACGUCUGUGGUUUCCGGGACCUUCCUCAUCUAUGAUUGCAAGAGGACAGGAGCGAUACACCCCAAGACUGCGUGA